CAAGUCAUAAAGAAAUAGACUGCAAAUAAUCAGUCUUAGAAUUCCAAACUGCAUUUGGGUUUUUAUUGGGAAUCUUCAGUGUGUCAAAAUAUUUUUGCUCGGUUUUAUCUCAUAAAAGCAGGCUAAAUUUUUGUUCGUUUCUUUUCUCUUUAACAAAAGAUGGGAGAUCAAUCCGCCUCAAAAACCCACAACCAGGUCUUUGCUCUCUCCAUUGAUGUCCAUUCAGCGGGCGGUGGCGUUCCCUCCAAAAAUUUGGACGACGACGGCCGUUUCAAGCGGACUGGGACUGUGUGGACCGCAAGUGCCCACAUAAUUACAGCUGUGAUAGGUUCUGGUGUUCUGUCCUUGGCUUGGGCCACAGCUCAGUUAGGUUGGAUUGCUGGUCCUGCAGUCAUGUUCUUGUUCUCUUUUGUCACUUACUACACCUCCAGUCUUCUGGCUGCCUGUUAUCGUUCCGGUGACCCUGUCACCGGGGAGAGGAAUUAUACUUACGUGGAUGCUGUUCGAUCAAAUCUAGGUGGCUUUAAAGUUAGGCUGUGUGGGUGGGUGCAGUACCUCAACCUUUUUGGAGUUGCUAUUGGGUAUACAAUUGCAUCAGCAAUUAGCAUGAUGGCAAUCAAAAGGUCAAACUGCUUCCACAAGAGUGGCGGCAAGAAUCCAUGUCAUAUGAACAGCAACCCUUAUAUGAUUGCAUUUGGCAUUGCCGAGGUAAUUUUCUCUCAAAUUCCUGACUUUCAUCAGUUGUGGUGGCUCUCCAUUGUUGCUGCAGUCAUGUCCUUCACUUACUCAACAAUUGGACUUGGUCUUGGAAUUGCUCAAGUUGCAGAAAAUGGAAAGAUUGCGGGAAGUCUAACUGGAAUAAGCAUUGGCACUGUGACUCAAACCCAGAAAAUAUGGAGGAGCUUCCAAGCUCUUGGAGAUAUUGCUUUUGCCUACUCGUAUUCCAUCAUCCUCAUUGAAAUUCAAGAUACCCUUAGAUCCCCGCCCUCAGAAUCCAAGACAAUGAAGAAGGCAUCUCUAAUAAGUGUUGCAGUAACUACCAUUUUCUACAUGCUCUGUGGCUGUAUGGGCUAUGCUGCUUUUGGAGACUUCUCCCCGGCAAACCUCCUAACUGGUUUUGGCUUCUAUAACCCAUUUUGGCUUCUUGACAUAGCCAAUGCAGCAAUUGUCAUCCACCUUGUUGGUGCUUACCAAGUAUACUGCCAGCCUCUUUUCGCAUUCGUUGAGAAACAAGCAGCAGAAAGAUUCCCAGAUAGUAAAUUCAUUACCAAAGAAAUCAAGAUCCCCAUUCCCGGUUUUCGCCCAUACAAUCUGAACCUCUUCAGGUUGUUAUGGAGAACAGUUUUUGUUAUCACCACCACUGUCAUCUCUAUGCUUCUUCCCUUCUUCAACGACGUGGUUGGACUCCUGGGAGCCCUGGGAUUUUGGCCACUUACAGUCUACUUCCCAGUAGAGAUGUAUAUUAAACAAAAGGGGAUACCAAGGUGGAGCACAAGAUGGUUGUGCCUCCAAACCCUGAGCAUGGCCUGCCUUAUUAUCACCGUUGCAGCUGCAGCUGGGUCUAUUGCAGGAGUUGUUCUUGAUCUCAAGUCGUAUAAACCCUUCUCCACCAGCUACUGAUUGAAUACAAUUCCAAACACAAGCAGCAAGAAUUGAUCAUUAGGAUUUAAGAUUUCAUGUUUACGUUCAUAUUGGGCCCCUAGAGUGAUCUGGUCAGUUUUUUGUUUUUGAAUAAGAGCAAUGGUUAGGAAGUUAGUAGAAAUAGUUGUUAACAACUGAGACUUUCUAGAAUGACUUCUUAAAAUGAUGAACAAUUCAUCUCCUCAAAAGAGGUGCAUGACCAUUAAGUCAUAAGAUGGUGGAUGGUGGAGUUCACCGCAAUACAAAGCUCGAUCUGACCAGUCCUAUUCCUAUUGUAUUUUUCUUUUCUUCUCUUUUCUUGUACUGUAAAAGUAAACGGGGCCUGGUGCAUGUAUCUCAAUCUCCUCCCAAUUUGUAACUUUUUGUUUAUUUUCCAAUGCAAAGACAAAUCGUAAAAAAUAGCGGGCAGAAAU